CCCUUGAGUGGUAUAUAUCAGUCAUCAAAGUUGAUCAAUAAUAUGGAUAUCUUCUUCUUAUUAGUUAAAGAAAAAUAGAGCAAAAGCAAUAAUGGAAGUAGAGCAAGUCCUCCACAUGAAUAGUGGUGUUGGCCAAGCUAGCUAUGCAAACAACUCCUCUCUUCAAAGAAUGGUGAUAUCAAUUGCGAGACCAACACUGAAAGAAAGCAUUACAGAAGCUUAUUGCAAUAAUAAGGUCUUCCCAGAGUGUUUAAGAAUAGCAGACUUGGGUUGCUCCUCAAGCCCCAACACACUGACUGUGGUGUCCGAAAUCAUCCACAUCAUUGAAGCCAUUUCAUGCCAACGCUCGAACCAGCAGAUCGACAAGUCACCAGCUUUCCAAGUUUUCCUCAACGAUCUUCCCAUGAAUGAUUUCAAUGCCAUCUUUCGAUCCCUUCCAAGCUUCUAUGAGAGGCUGAAGAAAGAAAAGGGUGACAAGUUUGGUACUAAUUGCUUCAUCACAGCAAUGCCGGGGAGCUUUUAUGGGAGGCUUUUCCCGAAUAAUUCCAUGCAUAUUGUUCAUUCUUCUUAUAGUUUGCAUUGGUUGUCACAGUUAAUCUCAUUACAAAUUAAUGUUCCAAAGGAGUUAGUAAAUGAACAAACAAGAGAAGCACAUAACAAAGGAAACAUUUGCAUUUCGGAGACAAGUCCUCCUAUAGUUUUCAAAGUAUAUUUGGAGCAGUUUCGAAAGGAUUUCACAUAUUUCUUAAGAUGUCGUUCAGAGGAAAUAGUCAAUGGUGGUGUUAUGAUAUUAACAUUUAUGAGCAGUACUAAAAGUGAUUCUCCUAAGAGUAUUAUAGAAAUAUUGGGAAGGACACUAAAUGACAUGGCCAUGCAGAAUAUAAUUGAAGCAGAGAGCCUGGACAAGUUCAACAUGCCAUUAUAUUUUCCAAAUGAAAAGGAAGUGGAAAAUGUGAUUCAAGAAGAAGGGUCUUUCUCUCUGCAGAAGUUGAAUGCUUUUGAAACUGCUUGGGACACAGGUUUCAUCACUAUUGAAAAUAGUGACAAAAAAUACAAUGAUGAUGAUGAUAAGCUUGAGAGAGGGAAAUAUAUUUCUGAUUACAUGAGAGCAGGUUUGGAGUCUGUUUUGGUGAAACAAUUUGGAGAAACUGUAAUGGAUGAACUAUUUCAAAGGCUCGCUUAUAAGGUUAUUGAGUCCAUGGCCAAAGAAAAAUGGCAACACAAGAACUUGGUUAUUUCCUUGACAAAAAAAUAAUUAUGCAUGUGAACUAGCUACUUGUUUGUUGUGUGUUUUUAUUAGUUGUUUGCUUGAUAGUUUUUUUUUUAAAAAAAAUUGUAUGAAAAUUAAUUAAAUGUAUUUGUAAUGUAUUAUUAUAAACCCAUUUGAAGUUAUUUUUUUUUUAGAAUUUCAAAGGUGA